AAAGCAUAACUGGGAAGGUAGUUUUCUGAGCAGAAAUGCAGAGUGGCAGUGACCCUUUCCGUUUAUUUAGACCCUCCAGAUGAAGAGCCUGAAGUCUGAACAAAUGUUUUGGAAUAAUUCUUGAACCCCUUCAAAUGCAACAGAAAUUGCGUGCUUUAAAAAAAAAAUGCUGGCAGUAUGAGGAGAAAGAGAAUCAUGGUUUGUUUAAUAAUAUAUUACCUUUUGGACCAAGCUGAGUUACAGAUUGCUGAAGCUGCUGCUCUUGUAGAUACCCUUCAGAACUGGACAAUUUUAGAUAAAAUAAUUGUUCCUACAAAAACUCCUGAUAAGAAGUUCAUUUUUGGCAAAGGAAAUUUUCAGGUUUUGACAGAAAAGAUUAAAAAAUUGCCCCAUCUGACAGCAGUCUUCUUGAAUGUGGAAAGAAUAUCUUCAUUAACUAAGAAAGAACUGGAAGAUGCCUGGGGUGUGAAAGUUUUUGACAGAUACACAGUUGUGCUUCAUAUUUUUCGUUGCAAUGCUCGGACUAAGGAAGCAAAGCUUCAGAUAGCACUGGCUGAAAUCCCGCUUCUCAGGUCAAAUCUGAAAAAUGAAGUAUCGCAGUUAGAUCAGCAGAGAGGUGGAUCAAGAUACAUCAUGGGCUCAGGUGAGACAUUCAUGGAGACACAGAAUCGUCUCUUGAAAGAAAAAGAACUUAAAAUUAGGAAUGCCCUGGAGAAGCUAAGAAGAAAAAGGUCUAUACUUAGAAGUCAACGUAAAAGACGCGAGUUUCCGAUUAUCUCAGUAAUGGGCUAUACUAAUUGUGGUAAAACUACCUUGAUCAAGGCCUUAACUGGGGAAGCAGGACUUCAACCUAAAGAUCAGCUAUUUGCCACACUUGAUAUCACAGCCCAUGCUGGCUAUCUGCCCUCACAUAUGACUGUUAUUUAUGUUGACACUAUUGGGUUUCUGUCUGAUCUUCCCCAUAACCUGGUUGAGUCCUUUUCAGCUACGUUAGAAGAAGUUGCUUACUCAGAUCUGAUAGUUCAUGUGAGAGAUAUUACUCAUCCAGAAACUGUCCUUCAGAAAGCAAGUGUUCUCUCAGUUCUGAAGAAUCUUAAUAUACCCAGCCACUUACUGGAGUCAAUGGUAGAAGUUCAUAACAAAGUGGAUUUGAUAGAAAGGUAUAAAUCCACCGAAGAAAAUGCUCUAGCCAUUUCUGCUUUACAUGGGCAUGGUUUAGAAGAACUGAAAGAAGAAAUAGAGAAAAGAAUUUUGAAAACAACCGGGAAGAAGAUUCUGACUGUUAAGAUCAACUUAGAAGGACCUCAGCUAAGUUGGCUAUAUAAACAAGCAACAGUUCAGGAUAUAGAAGUCGCUCCUGAUGAUGGCACAGCUCGUGUGAAGGUGAUAAUCAGUAAUUCUGCCUUAGGUAAAUACAAAAAACUCUUUCCUAACAGCAAGUUAUUUAUCCCAUGAAACUGCAUCCUUUUCUGGAGAAGGAAACUGAACUCAUUAAGAGUAUUUGGAAUUAAUUUAAUGCCUUGAUAGCCCAAAUGUUGCAAAGAAUGUAUUUUUUUCCUUUAGGUUUUUGAUAUACUGACAUUGACCCAUUUUCAGAAUAAAAUAUUUUUUACCUCAGUAAUAAGUGUCUCAGUAACUGAUUGGGAAAAGAAGGUUGACGUUAUUGGCUAUAAAAAAAAGAAAACAUUAUUGGCUAUAUUUAAAUAGUCAUAGAUUCAUGUAUGAAUCAUGCAUAU